AUGACAAGUCUACCAGAGACUCUGGGCCUUGUCUUAUGGAGUUUGUGGCAGAACACACAUGAAAUGCAUAACUGGCUAAACUGUGAUGUCUUUGUGAAGACGGUGAAGGCAAUUAACCAGAGGCUUACCCCAACCCAGAAAUUUACACCAAAGGACUUAAUUGCUGCCAUGAAAGCCCUAAAUGUGGAGCUUGGAUUAAUUAUUGAUUUAACGUAUACCACACGAUACUAUGAAGUUAAGGAUUUACCUAAAAGUGUGCAGUACAAGAAACUUUACACUGUUGGACUUGAAGUCCCCGAUAACGCUACCAUCCUACAGUUCAAAAAAUGUGUCAGAAAAUUCCUAUGGGAAAAUGCAGGAAAUGAAUUAAUCUCAGCCUUCAUAGGUUUGGAAGUAGUGAAGUACCUGCUGCUAGAGAUCCAGCAUGGAGCGGACAACGUCUGGAAGUGUCUCUUCUUUUACAGGCGUGACAGUAGAAACUCAUUGGCGUUCACUGUACUAAUGGAAUUAAUAGGACUGGCUACCUUAUAUGUAGCUUUUGGUGAUGCUAGAGGUCAUCACAUGGAUGGUCUUGUGUAUCUCACAGAUCUCAGAACACAACCAAUGAGAAGUAACCUUGGAAUGGAUGUAUGGGAUUCAGAUGAAGAUAUUAUUCCUCCACCACAUGCAAUGGAAGGAUCUGUAGAGCGGUCUGGGAAAAGAUUAAGAAUUUAUGGUGACCACUCUCACAAUGAUUUGCAAGGACAAAUGCAGUUGAGAGAUUUUGAUUUCAUUAAUAAGGGACCUGGGCAAAGACGAAGACCAUUUCAUGACCAUCAGACUCAGGACGAUUUAAGAGCGCCAGUGCAGAUGAGAAAUUGGGACUACAACAGAGGACCAGGACAGAGGCGAAGACCCUUUCCUGACCACCAGUUUUAUGAUGAUUAUCAAGAAGAUAUGCAGCUGAAGGACCUAGAACUCAGUAAUAAGGGACCUGGACAAAGGCUGAGACCUUUUCAUGGACACCAGUUUCGUGAUGAUUUACAGGCAGAGAGACAAUCAAGGGAUAGUGAAUUUAACAGAGGCCGUGGACAAAGGCAGAGAACUUUUCCUGACCAUCCAUCUCAUAGUAAAUUGCAGGAAGACAGGCAAUCAAAGGAUUUUGAUUUUGGUAGCAGGGGCCGUGGCCAGAGACGAAGACCGUUCCAUGAUCAGCAGUCUCGGGAUGAAUUUCAGACUCAGAUGCAGUUGAAAGAGUUAGAUAGUGUCAACAAAUGUCCUGGCCAAAAUCUAAGAUCUUUCCAUGACAUUCAGUCGCAUGAUGAUGUACAGCCACAGAUGCAAUUGGGAGAUUUUGAGUUUGUUAACAGGGGUCGUGGGCAGAGGUCAAGACCUUUCAACGAUCACCAGCCUUGCAAUGACUUACACACAAAGACACAACUAAAAGAUUAUGAUAGUAAAGGUCCUGCACAAAGACGCAGACCUUUUCAUGACCAUCAGCCUUAUGAUGACUUACAGGAACAGACUCAGUUAAAAGAUUUCAAUUAUGUUAAUAAAGGUCCUGGACAAAGGUCAAGACCUUUUCAUGAUCAUCCCAGUCCUGAUGACUUGCUGCAUGAAUGGUGUUCAGACAGAAGUCAGUCUUUUUCUUCCCAUGAAAAUGUACCAGAACCUCAUUUCUCCUCAUCUCCUUCACUUCACAGAGAUUAUGGGUCUGAUAAUGAUAACUUUAACAGAAGUUACAGUAAUCGACCAAAUUGUCCAGAAGACAAUAGGAGAAUGCAUCCCUCAACUGGAUUUAAUAGAGGAAAAAACAGGUUUGCACCAUAUUCUUCACGAACAGUGCAUCCAUCUUCAUCUGUACAGCAAGAAGAUAGUUCAAUAGACUAUGAACAAAAACCUUUUCAAGGUGAAACUACCAGAGAAAUGGAACAAAGCAAAAAAUUACCAGUUGUAACAGUUGAUUACAAUUAUGGUCUGCCAUUAGAUUAUGGACCUGAAGAGGAAGAGAGAACACAUUAUCAUUUACCUCCAAGGGACCGCUACAACUGGAACUGAAUAAAAAGGAUAAUGUUUGUUCAGCUUAGACUUACUCAUUUUACUUUGUAUGUGGACCA